UUCGCCUCUCCAGCUGUUAAUAUAUUUGCAAAUGAAGAAGUCAAUGUACGCCAGGACAACGUUUGAGAGAAAUACCCAACGGAACCAUGGGCACAGCAGCUGAUGGCUUGGGGAACAUAGCUAUAGACACGGCGCAAUUUAACAUGUCAGUCACUGAUCCAUCAGCCUGGGCGACCGCAAUGAAUAACCUAGGAAUGGUACCGGUGGGAUUAACUGGACAACAGAUUGUGACAGAUUCGAUAUGCGUAAGGGGCUUCGACCCCAACCUCAGCAUGAUGACAGGCAUCACGCCGAUUAACCCCUUGCUGUCAGGCAUGGGCCUCGUACCUCAGCCUCCCCCAACGGAAGUCCCCGUCAUCAAGGAGAUUAUUCACUGUAAAAGCUGCACUCUCUUCCCUCCAAACCCAAAUCUUCCACCCCCUUCAACCAGGGAGAGACCCCCGGGAUGCAAAACUGUCUUUGUCGGGGGAUUACCCGAAAACGCGACAGAGGAAAUCAUCCAGGAAGUCUUCGAGAAGUGUGGGGACAUCACCGCCAUUCGUAAAAGCAAGAAGAACUUUUGUCACAUCCGUUUUUCAGAAGAAUUCAUGGUCGAUAAAGCCAUUUACCUUUCUGGGUAUCGCAUGAGGUUAGGAUCCAGCACCGAUAAGAAGGACUCCGGCCGCCUUCACGUUGAUUUUGCUCAGGCCCGGGAUGAUUUUUACGAAUGGGAGUGUAAGCAGAGGAUGUUGGCAAGAGAGGAACGCCACCGUCGCAAAAUGGAGGAAGACCGGAUACGUCCCCCUUCGCCUCCCGUCAUAAUGCAUUAUUCGGAACACGAGGCCUCUUUGCUGGCUGAAAAAUUGAAAGAUGACAGCAAGUUCUCCGAGGCCAUAGUGGUGUUACUUACCUGGAUCGAACGAGGGGAGGUGAACCGGCGAACGUCUAACCAGUUCUACUCAAUGGUGCAAUCAGCCAACAGCCACGUCCGCCGGCUCAUGAACGAAAAAGCCACCCACGAACAAGAGAUGGACCAAGCCAAGGACAACUUUAAGAAUGCUUUGAUGGGCAUCCUCACUCAAUUUGAGCAGAUUGUGGCCGUUUUCAACGCCUCCACCCGACAAAAAGCUUGGGACCAUUUCUCCAAAGCUCAACGGAAGAACAUAGAUAUUUGGCGCAAGCACUCCGAGGAACUCAGGAACGCUCACAGUGAGCAGCUGAUGGGGAUCAGGAGGGAAGAAGAGAUGGACAUGUCGGACGAUGACAGUGAUGAAAAUCCCAGUAAUAAGAAGCUGAGGAUGGAGGAUUCAGCCUUAGCCGCUCAAGCUUACGCCUUGAAGGAAGAGAACGACAGCCUCCGAUGGCAACUCGAUGCCUACCGGAACGAGGUGGAGCUCCUCAAGCAAGAGAAAGGCCAGCUGUUUCGCACCGAAGAGAGCUUGACAAAAGACCAGCAACUACAGUUUUUGCAGCAAACAGUCCAAGGCAUGCAACAGCAACUGCUGAAAAUCCAAGAAGAAUUAAAUAACAAGAAGCUGGAACUCGAACAAGCAAAGGAAGAGCAUUCUCACACUCAGGCCAUGCUGAAGAUCCUGCAGGAACAGUUAAAAAAAAAUGCCAAGGAGUUGGAGACUAAUGGCCAUGACGAAUCUCAGGCAAACGAAAUCAAUGGGUUGACGGUGCCGUUGGUCAACCAGGACAGAGAAAAAAAUGCUGAGAAGCGAAGCCAGCCACUAAAGUCGGAGAAAGAAGCUUUAUUGAUAGGUAUCAUAUCCACAUUCCUUCACGUUCAUCCUUUCGGAGCUAAUAUUGAAUAUCUCUGGUCGUAUAUGCAGCAGCUGGACUCUCGGAUCUCAGCGAACGAAAUAGAAAUGCUUUUGAUGCGGCUUCCACGUAUGUUUAAGCAAGAAUUUUCCGGCGUUGGAGCCACGCUGGAGAAACGGUGGAAAUUUUGUGCCUUCGAAGGGAUUAAAACUACUUGACCACACAGUUGGAUCCGAAGCCGCUCGGGGAGAAACGUGUGACAGACUGCGAUGACAGAGGCGAGCUGAAGUAUUAAAAGGAGGAGAAUUAGGUUUGGCUCAUAGCCUUCCAAACCUGGUUUUAGUUGCACUUGUGAUGUCCUCUCGUGAAAAAUGUAGUCGUGUGCCAGUUCCAAAAACGAAAAGGAGGAAAUAAAAUGCUCCUGAAAUGUUUCCUAUGAAAACUCAAAACCAACCAAUAACUCUGCAAUCAUAAUGAUCUCAUUAUUUAAAAGUACGUGCCCUCUUAUUAGCUCACCUUGAGCCAACUGGAAGAAGGUUUCUUGGUUUCUAAGCUCCAGCAAUGUCUGUGUAUGAUGUGGUAGAUCUUCCUCCAAAAUGUUCACGCCUAAGAGUCUUUCCGUUUCAUAAGAAGACAAUAAAAAUAAUCAAUAAAUGAAAUAAAUCCGAUUUCAUAGUGAGAAACGAGUACAUACCAAACGCCAACUUGAAAAAGGAAAAAAAAAAAUGUGUUUGAAUAGUUAUUUGUAUUUUGUAAAUUAAGUUAUUUGCUCUACCAGGGACUUUUUGCCUUAUUGCCAGAGGCCUGAAAAAGAAAAAAUGAAACAAAACAAAACAAAACAAAACCCCACACAAAUGUGCUUGGAUUCUUGGACAUUGCUUUCUGCAGAAUAUUAUUUUUCUAACAUAACGGUUCUCCAUUCUAAGUUCCUUUAACAUGGAUUGCAUAUCAAUUUUCAUAAACGACGUGUAAAUAAAGAGGAAGGCAGUGUUACUGUAUUGUAUUUGGUAUGUAACAUUCAGGG